UCCGUUGUUUGCGAUCCCAAACACCAAGAAGUUAUCUUCUCUUAUCACGAGUGCAGUGCAGCCACAGAUAUUAUGUUAGACUUAGCUGCACUUGCCACUAAAGCGAAAAAUGCUUCUUCACUCUUAUAACAUCUCAAUAAUUUGCUCACUUUCACCAUCUCCAAACCAUGGCUCUCAAUCCACUUCCAUCAAAAACCCUCAUACCUACCUCAAGUUCCGUACAUCUCACAUGCAAAACCUCAGGUACCUGAAAACCAUCGGCAUCAUCAACCCGGAAACCACCCCCCACAAAAACCCAUCUCCAGAAACCAUAGCCCAUCUCCUCUCUACCGUAAAUUUCCUCAAAUCCAGGGGCUUCUCAGAGCCUGAUUUCCCUAGACUUGCUUUCCUCUGUCCCAUGCUUUUCUCCGCCACCUUUGAUCCUGCUCAGGUUGAGCCCGUGUUUGAAUUCCUAUACUCAGACGUAGGCGCAUCCCUGGAAGAAUCAUGUUCAUUAGUCCUCCGGUGCCCUGGUCUUCUUGAAUCCAAUGUCGAGUUCUGUCUAGUCCCAACACUUGUCUAUCUCAAAAGUUUAGGCCUGGAGAAGCUGAAUCUUCCAACUACAUUGAAUGCUCAUCUGUUGAACACUCGAGUUGAGAAGCUUGAGGAGAAGGUUAUGUUCUUGCAAAGUGUUGGCUUUUCGUACGAGGAAUCGGCUAGAGUGUGUGCUAGAUUGCCGGCUAUAUUCGGUUACAGCAUUGAGCAUAAUUUGAGGCCUAAGCUUGAGUUUUUGGUGAGGGAGAUGGAGAGGAGUAUUGAAGAAGUGAAGGAUUUUCCUCAGUAUUUUGGUUUUAGUUUGAGUCGGAGAAUAGCCCCAAGGCAUUUUCAUUUGAAGGACAGGAAUGUUAAGAUUAAGUUGAAUCGAAUGUUGUUAUGGAGUGAUAAUAGAUUUUAUGCGAAGUACAAAUGAAGCGUUUCUUUU